AAGACCGCUGACAAGUGAGGAGCAGCAUCAAAUCACAAAUUGCAAUCGCUACACAAGCAACUCAAGUCCUCAAUAUAAAAAAAAACAAAAUGUUCAAGCUGCUGGUUGUUGUCUUCGCCGCCCUCUUCGCCGUUGCCCUGGCUGUUCCCGCACCAGUUCCUCGUGCCAAUCCCGCUCCAAUCCCGAUUGCCAGCCCCGAACCCGCACCCCAGUUCUACUACGGAGCCAGCCCAUACGCCUAUUCCGGCGGAUACUACGCUUCCCCCUACUCGUACUACGGCUAAGUGCUCCGGACAUUGCAAACCAACAGACGACUCGUGAUAAUGCAUCUGAAUACGGAUUACGGAAUAUGCGCGUGCUGGCAAAUCAAAUUAGUCAUAAGUGCUUCAAAAAAGUAAAAAAAAAAAUACAAAACUUGAAGAAAUAAAAUGUUGAAAAGCAAAA